AUGGAGCACAUAUCGUCGGAUACCACUCCUAUCCCGGGAAUCGUUAUGUUGCAGUCGUGGCUGUCCGCGAACGCCCAAAAUUUACAGCCUCCAGUCAAUAACCAAUGCCUGUAUUCUGGAAAGGACUUCAUCUUAAUGGCCGUUGGAGGGCCGAACACGCGAAAUGACUAUCACAUACUCGAUGCUAACGUGGUCGUCCGCGACAAAGUCAACCAAACCGAGGAGUGGUUCUAUCAGAUCAAGGGCGACAUGUUGCUCAAGAUUGUCGAGAAUGGCACUCAAUUUCGUGACAUUGUCAUUCGAGAAGGCGAAAUGUUCCUUCUGCCCGGAGACAUCCCGCAUUGCCCAAUUCGGUAUAAGGAAACCGUUGGCCUGGUCAUGGAGCGCACCCGCCCCCCGCACGUAAUCGACCGUAUAAGGUGGUACUGCCCCAAUCAGGAGGCCCACCAGACGGCACCCAGCAUCAUCCGGGAAGAGUUAUUUCACUGCGCUGACAUCGAAACGCAACUUAAGGAUCUCAUUAAUCAAUGGAUGACAAAUGAAAGUACCAGAAAGUGCGGCGAGUGUGGGCAGAUUGCGCCGCCGCAUUGA